UUCUGCUAAUAACGGAAGAUAUUAGCCGAUCAUGCAUUACUUGUGUAUGAUCACUCUGCUGAUUGCUUCUGCAGCGGCAUUUACAAAUAAUUUAAAUCAGUUUUUGCUAAAUUUAGACCUGCCUCAGACCGAUUUGAGUUCAGUAGAUGAGAAAUGGAUUGAACAACCGCUAGAUCACUUUGAUUCAAAAGAAAAAAGAACAAUCAAAAUGAGGUAUUUCGAGAAUCUACAAUUCUGGAAGCCGAAUGCACCGAUCUUCGUAUUCCUUGGUGGCGAAGGGGAACAGGAUCCUAAGUGGAUAUCAUCAGACUAUGACUUUCUCUUGACAGUUGAAAUGGCGAAAGAAACGCAUGGGGCUCUCUUUGCUACAGAACACAGAUAUUACGGUAAGAGUUUACCAGAUAUUCCACAAGAUAAUACAAUUGAAUACUUUAUGUUUCUGAGCUCUCAUCAAGCGCUGGAAGAUUUGGCAAGUUUAAUAAAAAUGCUGAAAUUGAACUCUAAGUACAAGUCAUCGAAGGUGGUGGUGGUGGGUGGAUCGUAUUCCGGAAAUCUUGCGGCUUGGCUGAGAGAACUACAUCCUCAGCUGGUAGACGCAGCAAUCUCCAGCAGUGCUCCUGUCCUCGCCAAAAAAGACUUUAAAGAAUACCUAGACACUGUUCGUUACACGUUCGGUAAAUACGGGACUGAUGACUGCCUGGAUAAUAUCGAAAAGAGCUAUAAAACUGAUGAAGAUUUAUUAAAGACUCCAGAAGGUAGAGAAAAACUAAAGAAAAAAUAUAAUAUAUGCCCAGAAAAUGAUAUGACGGUGUUAGAAAAUCAACAAUUUUUCUUUUAUUGGUUAGAGUAUUUUUAUUUAAAGUCUUUAUCACAAUAUUUUUUGCCUCAUAAUAUUAAGGGCUGGUGUAGACAAUAUAGACAUAUCCAGCGUGAAAUUAAACCUAUUUGGCGCGAUGGUUGUCAUAACGUUGACUUUAAAUCUUACGAUUGGACUCUAGAUGACUCUGCCGCAUGGUUUUAUCAAACAUGCACAGAAUUUGGCUAUGGGCAAACUACAUCGUCAGAGAAACAACCUUUUGUACACUGGAAUCCAUUAGAGUUUUGGCUAAAGUUCUGCAAAGGUUUUGUUAAGGGAGAUAUCGAAAGGACAAUAGAUGAAGGGGUAGCGAAGACAAACAAAAGAUACGGAGGAUUGACGCCAAAUGUAACCAAGAUAGUAUUCACUCAUGGUGAUAUGGAUCCUUGGCACACUCUUGGUGUGCUUCAAGACUUAGGACCUGACGCGCCGGUUAUAAUGACAAACGGGUCUUCACAUUGCGGGGUCCUAGGUGUUAGACGUGGUGAACCAGAAGAAAUGGAAAAAGAUCGAAAACACGUGAAGGAGCUUAUCAUGAAAUGGAUUUCCCAGUAACCUGAAAUUCUCAUUAAAGUCGUAUCUAACUACGCGUUGAUAA